GUGUGCCCGUGUAGACAGGCAACCAACACGGGGCUGCAAUCAUGCAUGCAUCGGUUCAUGCGUAUGGAUACUCGUUCCACAAAAAGGAUUUUGCAUUUAGGUUCUCUGACCAUUCCGGCCGUUCCGACGACUAGUCGUAAACUCGUAAUGGCUACUUGGUGUGUGAUCAUGAGGAGCAGGAAAGUUCCUAGAAAUGUCCUCGGCCCCUUUUUCGGGAGUAAUCCAGCAUCGCCAUCUCAGCAAGUUGUCAGAACGGCAAUUCUAUGAUACGAUGCUAUGAGACAUUAUGACCCAGACUAGCCCCUCUGAUUCUACGAUUCUGAUGAGUAGAAUCUAGGUUUCCACUAUAGUUGGGUUUUUUUACGUUUUGUGAUCCUAUCAUUGAAGCUCCGAUCCGAUUCUAAAUCAUGGUUUUGACUACGCGUGACCUUGCGCAUGCCGAUGGCAUGCUAAUGUUGCCGCCGCUAGGGUUCUGCAUCGCCGAUGGACGAGAAAGUAACAUCUAUGCAGUCAUCCAACAAGUGACGACGACGUCAACGUUGGGUCAAUCACACUAGACAUUUGCCCGAGUCAAUGGAAUAACCAAAUUGGCGCCAUUGCGCCGAAGCACCACCGGCCCAACGGAACACAUGGUCAAACUUCUCGUGCAUCCAUAGAUGAAAAGGAAAAUCUACCUACCUGAUCUCGUCAGUGGGUUCAACGGUGCAAACACGGCCGAUGGCGAAGAAUGGGUGGGAAGUGACCAUAUUGAGCACCACCACCAACACGUCGAAAGGACCAAAGUGAUGCGAAAUGAAGGCCUACCUGUCUGCCCUCACUUGCCACUGGAUCUAUCGACGCACGCACCAUCAAAGCCAAGGGAGCCAUUAUUAAACACCUCCAUGACCACUCUCGAAAGGGCCAAAGCAAUGAACAAAUGAAGAUCUACCCAAUGCGCCAAGAUGGGGUAAAGUAAAAGCAGCCACCAGUAAAUCAUGGCCUCUUGUACAACUCAGCGACCGAGUCGAAGACGUGCCGAUGGAGCAUGGGUGAGUGUGAGAUGACCAAAAUAUUUGCAUCAAGCCAAAACAAGAUAGUCGGAAUCGUCGGAUUUGGAGCCCCGAUGGUAGGAUUGCAAAUCAUGUAAUCUUUACUGAUGCAAUCGUGCAAAUGGAGAUUACACUAAGCAGAAUUGUAGAACCGAAGUAGUCGGUUUGAAUCAUAGAGUCGUAAAAUAAUGCAAUAAAAUUCUGAUUCAAACUACUUCAACCCCGAGCCAAAAUUAAAUUGAUAGGUGAUUAAUUAAGCAACUCUAGUAUAUUCUCAAUAUAUCGGUGAUGGGAGCAACCUUAUUGUUGUUACUUUUAGGACACCCUUAAUUGGCGAACGUUUGUCAGGGAGGGUGGUAUUUGCGAACGAUUGCCUGGAGUCGUAGUUGUGAGUGAGUGGGGAGAGUUGGCAGUUUCAACAAGCGACAUGAUAGUUCUUCCCGAGAAGGCAAUUUUUGUUUCAAACUACCGUCGUUUGAUCUCGUUUUAUAACUAGAACUGCCAGCAAAGAUGGUUCGCUUGACAGCCCUUAACAGCGAACGUUCGCUCGGUACAAUUACCAUAGUUUUGAUGUUACAUCUUUUGUGGAGAGUCACUCAAAGACAUGUGUUAGUGCACUAUCUUAUACUCUAAAUGGUGUGAGUGAUCCAAGAACCAAUCCCCAGGCGACAAAGCCAACAUCUAGAUGAGUUGAGAAUGAUUGAAACGAGGAAGAAGAGUUCAAGAGGCAGCUUGUAAAUUUAAAAAGCACUCCCCUAGUCACACAAAUUGAUUUUUUUUUAUUCAGCCCGUAAAAAGGUAUGCAGUGAAAACAACCUUUUUUUUAGGGCAAAGUUUGUUAAUAGAUAGGCAACUGCAAUUUUCAAAACAGAGUGCAGUCGCGGAGGACUCUCAAAACUUGGUUGCGUUUCCUCCUUUAUCUACGUCUUAUCUCUUCCGUCGCCGAGUUUGUUCCUAUAAUUACGUCGGCUACUCGAGCUUUCCUAAACUAAUCAGCCGCUUCCAACUCAAACUCGCCGCCGGACGGCGCCCUCCGGAAGAGUCAACGCCACGUAUAUAACCCGAGGGGAACGGCCUCUGACUGCCCGGCCGGAAGACUCCGUUGGUUUUUCGCCCUGUUGCUGCCGCGGCCGGUAGCCUGCGUGCGUGUCCGGCGAUCGUCCCUUAAUCUUAUCCCCGCCGCCGCCGCCGCCGCCGCCGACGGGGGCCAUGCAGCUGCACGCGCGCCGGCGGCACGCCGUGGCGCGGUGCCGCCUGCUGAUCGCGGCCGCGGCCGUCGCCAUGUCGCUCGCUGCGGUCCUCUGCCUCAGCCGCGUCGACCCCGCCGGCCUGCUCGCCGCGCCCGCGCGCGCGCUCCAGCUCGUGCCGCCUCGCCGGCUGCACGUCCGCCUCGGCGCCGUCAAAGGGACCACCGCGACCGCCACGCCCGCAGCCGGACGGAAGUCGCGGCCGCCGCCGUUGGAGACCGAGGCCGUGCUGCUGCCGGACUGGGAGGUGCUCGUCCUGCUCCGCCCCGGCGCCCAAGACGACGCUGGAGGGAACGCGACGUGCGCCUUCGGCCGCGGGGCGUCGUCCCCUGCGCGCGCGCUCGGGAAGCUGCCGGCGUCCGGGCGCCGCGCGUACCUCUGCGUCGUGCCCGUGCCGGCGCGCAGCCAGAGGCGGCUCCGCGCGCCGCGGCUCGUGAUCUCCUCCUCGUCGUCGUCGAAGAUUAGUACCGCCACCAGUCAUGGCAAAUCGCCCGAGAUUCUGAGGUGGAGUGGCCGGCUGGUGUACGAGUCCGCGGUGGUCCACGGCGGCGACGUGCUCGUCUUCGCCAAGGGAGUCAACCCGCGGCAAGGCGUGAACCGGGCGGCCUCUGAUGUCCGGUGCGUGUACUACCGCCGCGCGGGUGCCGGCGCCGGUGACGCCGUCGUGGCCUCGCUCCCCGCGGCCACCUCGGCGCAGCAGGUCUUCCGGUGCCCGCCUCCGCCCACGACCGCCGCAUCCCAGGAGCUCCGCGUCACGCUCGCCGUCGCCGGCGAGGAUCCCCUCCCGUCUCUGGCCGUGUACACCCCGCCGCGCUCUGGAUCGUCAACGACGCCGGCGCCGGAGAAGAAGCUGAUAUGCGCCUGCACCAUGGUCCGCGACGUGGCCAAGUUCCUGCCGGAGUGGGUGGUGUACCACGCGGCCGUGGGCGUGGACCGGUUCUACCUCUACGACAACGGGAGCGAGGAUGACCUGGAGGACCAGGUCCACCAGCUCAACUCAGCCGGGUACAACAUCUCCACCGUGACAUGGCCGUGGGCCAAGGCCCAGGAGGCCGGGUUCUCCCACGGCGCUGCGGUGCUUCGAGAUUCGUGCGAGUGGGUGGCAUUUAUCGACGUCGACGAGUUCAUCUUCUCCCCAAGAUGGAACCAAACGGAGACCCCGACCGAAUCCAUGCUCCGGUCGGUUGUAUCAUCAGCCGAACCAGACAUUGGUCGGGUGUCAAUGAGGUGCGCCGAUUUCGGACCCUCGGGCCAGACCUCCAACCCGAAGGAAGGGGUCACCCAAGGAUACACGUGCCGGAGGCGAGUCGAGGAGCGGCACAAGUCGUUGCUCCGGCUCGACGCGGCGGACGACUCGCUGCUCAACUCCAUCCAUCACUUCACGCUCCGCCCCGGGUUCCGGGUCGAGUGGAGCAAGCGGGUCCGUGUCAACCACUACAAGUACCAAGCUUGGGAGGAGUUCAAGGUCAAGUUCAGGCGCCGGGUGUCAACGUACGUGGCCGACUGGACCGACCCGGUGAACCUUCAGUCCAAGGACCGGACCCCCGGCCUCGGUUUCGAGGCCGUCGAACCGGUCGGUUGGACGCACAAGUUUUGCGAGGUGAAUGAUACUCUGCUCCACGACACGACCCGGAGAUGGUUCGGCGUUGGGUUCGGGAACAAUCUCACUAGUGUAGGACACAGCAGCAGCUCAUCGUAGCUGAUGCAUUGCAGUGCACAAACCAAGAAGAUUAGGAUACAACAAACACUGAUUCUUUCAAGACAUAAUUGUAUAAACAUUGUUGCGUUAGGAAGUAUAGGAUACGGUCCCUUUCUUGUACAAAAGGUUGCUUGAUUUUGAACAUAUAUAGUAUAUUCUGUUGAUGGAUAUGUGCUUGCUUGCCAUGAUCUGGGCAAGGCAGGUAGUUCUUUUUC